AUGCUCAUGACCGCCGCCGCCGUCCACAUGGACUCCGCCCACGGUCACGGGCCGCUACCCUCCUCCUCCACCUCGCCGCCGCCGCCAUGGCUCCCCGUCCUUGCCGACCGUCACCAGCUCCUCCGUGGAUUCACGGCCUCCUCCGCUCCCUCCACGACGCCCGCCACCGCCGCGCCGCCGAACCACCACCACCUCCGCACCGCCGCUACUGCAACCCGGCGCGUGGCCAAGCGCCGCCCGCGCCCGUCGCGGAAGCUGCCCACCACCUACAUCACCGCCGACCCCGCCAGCUUCCGCCGCAUGGUGCACCAGGUCACCGGAGCCGACGACCUGCUGCCUGUGCCUCCGGAAGCCCUCUGCCGCCCGGCGCCCUACCGCGCUGGUGCCGCCGGCCCGGCCGGCGCGCUGAUGCUGCCCACGCUCGACACGUCGGCGUUCCUGCUCGGCGCGCCCGGAGUGGCCGCGCCAGCAGUGGAUCGGGCGGAGGCCGGUGGACCAGCUGGAGUGGCUUGCAACUACAGCAGCAGCUGCGGUGGCUUCCCGACCUUGGAUUCCUGGGAUGCUCUCUUCUAG